UGCGAGAAACUAUAUAUUUCCAAAUCUUAGACACAAAAAUGAAAUGUAGUUCUGAUGCUACUGGUUCUUCUUUCAAAAUUUAUCUGUUGGUUUUAAUCAGUAUUGGACUCACUAAUGGGGAAAGUGUUUUUAGGGCUAAGCGGAGUGAUUUGUCUGAUUUUGACCAUUUAAUCAGCCACCUAUACCUCCAGCACUGCACUUUUGUUGAGAUUGGCGAAGGUAUAUGUAGCUUGUUUCUAGAGCUGAACAUACCCAGAUGCAAGAAGCCUUUGCGAAAACAGAUGUUCCUGGGCAAUUGUCUCUGCUCAGAGUUCCGACAGUGGCAUCUCUGUAGCCCUGAGCUAGCUCGAGCACGGCCGCAGGACUGUGAAUUCCUGGAGGGAACAUCGAGCGCCUCCUCGAGUGCAAGGGUUCACCGUAGACUUUGUGAUGUUACGGGUAUGAACCAAUGGAACUCCCAAUGUAACUGUUCUGUCAAACUGGCUGGAAAACUACAGGACUUCAUGUGUGGUUUCAAGACCUGCUACGCCAGUCCGUUGCCAGAUACCAUCUGUGGACCAAGAACUGUCUGUGGUACAGCACAUUGUGAUGUUGGGGAACACGGGUCACUGUACAGCGUACAUUGCGACCGACACUGCAGAUAUCAUCAACUGUUCUGUGAAGACCCGUGCCCGGAGACUAGUCUGAGACGCGUAGUCACAUCGCAAUGGGCAGAGUGGAAGUCUACAACUCAUGACAGAGACUGCGGCCUACGACAGUUUGAGACAGACUGCUUAAGUGAUAGAGGUGAACCUGCAUUUGACUGUCUCGGCCCUGGAUUGCAAUGCUGUGGAACGGAUGAAUUCGAUUGCACUUGCCUGGUUAAUAUUCAAGAUGGAAAACUGAAAGCACUUCGUUACAUCAAACUUGGAGAGAAUAAGACACACAGCUCCUCCUCUGAAGAUGAAGCCGAUGGUUUUAAACGGAAAGCUCGAUCAGCUGAUCUAAAAGGAGGCGCAAAGGUGUGGAGCAGAUUGAUAGAAGCAGCUUCAAGUGAUAAUAAGAAUGAUUCGAUAUCAAUGUUUGGCAAACCUUUGGACAACGAAGAUAACAAAAAAUAUCUACCCCAAGAACAUGAAGAAGAUGAAUCAGAAAUUGAAGACUCCUUUUUGGAGAAUCAGGAAAAUUCAAAAGACCAAAAAACAAGUGCAAAGGAAGAUAGCGAAAAUGAAACAGGAUUAAAAUCUACUUUUGACAAAAGUCUAUUAGAAGGAUCAAAACUGAGAGGGAAGAAUAUGAAUAUAGACUCAGAGCGGAUUCCAGCAAACCAAACAAUCCAUGAAUUAAAGGCUGGAUUUUAUGAAACUCUAAAGGUUAACCCAAAUGAAAAUAAUAUUGUUUUGAUUAACCCAAAAAAUAACUCAGAAUCGGUUCUUCCGAUCCAACUGAAAGAGAAAGAAAAGAUUGAUAAAACAUCCAGUGAAGAAAUUCAGCUUGAUUCAACUCCUCUACAUGUUACCAGCAGAACGACAAACACAGAGUUUCUGAAACAAAAUAAUAGCAAUGGGAUAAUAGGGAGAGAGAAGGAGAACAUAAGCGAUGCAAAUAGUAAGGUUACUAGCAAUGAGGAAAGUUUGGGACAAAAAAGUAAAAUCAUCAAUGAGAUUACUAAUAACACAAAUGUUAGAAAUGAAAAUUCCAAUACAAACAAACUGGGCAGUGACAAACAAACCAUAGAUUCUGACAUAGUCAUAGGCAAUGACAAAGCUAUCAGCCAGAACCUCAAUAGGAACACUUCUAAGGAACCAGUGUCUAUAAAUAGAAAUAGUGAUCAAAAAUUUCACCUGGAAGAAAGCUAUACCCCAAAUUUGAAUAUUUCCCUUCCUGAGACUUAUAAUAGUACACAGUCUUCACUUAAAAGCCUACAACAGGUUAGUCAUGAAAAUGUAAGUAAAAGCAUAAAUCCACUUAAAAGUGAAAAUAACAGUAGCAUAAAGAAAGAGGGAAACACUGAUCAGAAACAUGUAGCUGAACAGUUAAAAACAAAUAUAGAAGAGAAAUUUAAAGACAAAAAUGAUUAUAACAUUUAUAACACAAAAGAAAAAACGCAGGAUACAAACUUCAACAGUCGGGAAAGAAAUGAACUCCAGACUGAGAAAAAUAACACAGAUAAAGUUGGCGAAGGAAGAAGCUCUGUUACCAAUGGAGAGGAAAUGAAUGGUGGUAACCAAGAUUCCAAAGAUGGAAAACCCAACAAAGAUAUCUUAUUGGAAAGUGUGAACAAAACAGAUAAUAAAACAAAAAAACAAGAACCACUUCUUGGUGGGAUAAUAAAAUGGAACAAAUCAAAGAAUCACGAAAGCAGAGUUGUAGACGAGGAAGAAAAGACAGAACUUGAAGAAGGUAACCAGCCAGAAAUACAAGAUCCAAUAACAGAAAAUAAAAGACCAACUUAUAAAACUAAAAAUAACCUAAAAAUGGAGAAGUUCGUUGAGAGAAACAGUACUAAGUUAUCCACACCAAUCCCAUCUAAAUUUCAUCAUCGGAGUAAACAAGGCCAUCAGAAAAUCACUGAUGGUUUACAACGAACCAACGUAGACUCGCAAAACAAUUACAAUGCUAAAGGUGGUUACACAAGCUCAGAUAUUGAAAGGUAUUCAAAUAGCAGAUUUAAUAAUUCAACAACCAAAAAUAUUUUACAAACAAUCACAAAAGCUACUUCCUCGCCAGCUUACGAUCAAUCUACCAAAAGACAGCUGAUUAAUAAAAAAACAAGAAUUAACAGUGCAGACUCAUUCUCUAAUGUCCACAUUACUUUACCAGCUAGGUCAACAAAACGACGACUGAGACAACAAUACUUAAAUGAGAGACGAAAAGGAGUAACUCUAAAUAUUCAAACCAUGACUACUCCAGACUUUUUGGGGGAUAUUGCAAAAAAACUAUCUAAGUCACAGUCUCUGAAUAGUCUUAAUGAUCCGAACGAUCCUUUUAGAACACUUUCUGAAUCGAAUCCACCCAUACAACUCCCGCCAGAAGAGUCACCACAUGAUUACGACGAACCUGAACCGGUUUUGAAAGACUUGAACAAAGUUGAUAAGGAUAAUGUUGAUAUGAAAAUGGCUGAAGCCCUUGCAAGUCUUGGUAAAUCGCCAGAUGUCAAUGCAUUUCAAGGAAAAAUCGAAUGGUCAGAAAAAGUCAUAGAUAAGGACAAUUUGAAAAUUGAAAAUGACAAGAAAAUGAAACCAAUGCAUGGGCAAAAUAUACCAGAAGUGUAACUACACCAAGUCAAGAUGAAAAAUGAAUAGUAAGAUGCAAGACUGUAUAGGCCUAUAUGUUGGCUUUUUAUAUUUUUUUGAUGUUGUACGGACAAUGUUAUACGGACAUAUCAUUGGGAGAGAACUGCACAGAUAAUAAUAACAAUGAUGAUGUAGGUUUGAUUAUGUAGAUAAAAACACAAUAUUAUGUCUUAUUUCAUAGAUAAUGCUUACUAAAGAAUUUGUAAAUUUGAAAAUUGUUACACAAAGCUUACGAUUGAUUUUACUAUUAUGUCAAAUAAACUAAGUACAUACAUAAAUCUUUAGUUAAAUUUAAAUGAAUCCAUUUUAUGAUUUCAGUGUUAUGAAUAUUUUACCAUAGAACAGCCUCAAAUUUCUGUGGCUUGGUCACAAAUAAUGUUAUAUGAAAACCAUGACAAUUAAACCUAGAAAACACUUAUAAAUUCAAUAUUAAACCUUGUUUAGGUUUUUGUUUUAUGUCGUCAUUUUAAAAUGUCAAUCAUAAAUUACUGUACCUAUU